CACACACUGAAAUGUACACACACAAUAUUGUAAUAAUCCCAUCAUUGUUUAUUGUCCCUCAGGUGGCUUCCCUCCUCCUAUGACAGGUGGUUACCCUCCUCCUAUGCCAGGUGCAGUGUCUCCAUGGCCUCCUAUGAUGGACCAAUCUAAACAGUGGGACUACUACCCUCCAGGACCAGGACCAGGACCCAGACUGGAGGACAAGAGGGAGAAGGGGAGAGAGAGACCCAGGGAGAGACCACAUGAGAGGGAGAGGGAGAGAGAGCACAGCCCCUCCGCUAUGGCUUACAACAGUGACGAGGAGCGGUACCGCGGUUACCGUGAGUACCAGGGCGGAGCGUGGCUAUAGCAGCGGUGACCGUGGCGGCGGUGACCGUG